AUGGCCGAGGAGAAGCAAUGCUUGCCGGGUGAUGCACUUACAUGUGAAGCCCUGCAGCGGGAGCUGCAAAGGUUUGCAGAGAAACUACCAGAUUUGUUCCAGACUUUCGCGGAGGAGACCGCCAAGAUCUCCUGUGAGCAGCUACAGGAGCUGCUGGGCCAACGUGGUAGAACUCCGGUUACCACUCGAGCCCAGACUGCCACGGUGGAUGAGACAGAGGGUGCACAUUCAACCGACCACGAGUGGGCUCACCGGCACGUCCGUCCGGCUGCACUUCGAGAAUCUCCCAAACCGAACCAGCACAUUAGUGUAAAAGAAAUUUGGAAGGCGGUUGUUGACAUAAGGCGGCCGACGCUCAAGGCAGAGCACGAGGCACCUGCUUUCCAGAUCGUUCCUCAACGGUCACUGCCCAACUCACCACCAGCAUCCCCGAAACCAAAGGGACCGAGGGUGUCGAUAGCAUCGGAACGCUCGCUUCCGCCCCCGGAGCCGCCAUCACUCCCGGGCUCCGUGCAGGCCGUGCAGGAGGCAGAGGUAGAGCCACCUGGCGAUGAUGGCCCGCCGGCCCUCCAGCCGAACGGGCCAAGUUCUCAGGGCCUUGCGCAGUCGCCGGUGCCGGAGGAGCCUGACAAAGAAACAGAAAGUCGCUCAGAAUGGGAUGAGCCCGGCAAUCCUCCUGCGGACGGUCCUGACGGUCCGAACACUUGGGAUCCGCUCCGGCAGCGGCUACAACGAAUCAACACCAGCAAAGUGGAUAAGCCGGAAGUGUCUCGCACGUCUACUUCUUGGUGGCACAUCUACGAGAUGCUGGUGUACGCUUGGCCGAUGGAGUACUUGACACUCAUGGUGAUCCUCAUCAACGCCUUCUGCCUAGGGCUGGAAACCAACAUAAUGGCUGCCAACCUGCUGUCCACGACGCCAGAGGAGUUCAUCCGGCUCGGCUGGGCAUUUUGCACCUUGGACUUGUUGCAUCGGAUUGGCACGCACGGCUUCUCGCGGUCAGGCGCGUUCUUCACCCUUGAGAUGGUUCUGAAGAUCUCGGCAAAUCCGUCUCGGUUUUUCCUGGGUGCGGCCUGGACUAUGAAUCUGCUUGACUUCUUUCUGAUGGCCCUGCAGUGGCUUGAUGUCGUCGUAACCGUCCACACGGCAGACAAGGAGAAUUCUGAUGCUGGCUCUGUGAACUUCAACAUUAUGCGGUCCAUUCGAAUGGUGAGACUUGUGCGCAUCGUGCGAAGCUAUCGUGUGCUGAGGAUGCUGGGAGAAGUUCGAGCAAUCAUCUGGUCCGUGGGAACCUGCUUAAAGCCUCUGUUGGGAGCACUGAGCCUUCAAUGCAAAAGGAUCUAUUUGCUUGCAGUUUUCUUGGUUGACACUUGCAACUCUUACCGCGUGGCGGCAGAUAUUGCAGACGAGGGCUUUGAGCAGCUGGGGACCUACUAUGGAUCACUUGAGCGAGGCAUGCUUACGCUGUGGCAGAUCAUUACCGGUGGGAUGGAUUGGGCAGUUGCCGUGAACCCUUUGAUGGAUCACACCGGGCCGGUCCCGGUGUUCGUUGUCUUCUGCUACAUAGCUUUCGCGCUGUUAGCGUUGCUCAACGUCAUCACAGGGGUCUGCGUCGAGAGUGCGGUAAAGAGGGUAAAGGAGGACAAGGACAACUACUUGGUACAAUACGUGCGUGGAGUUUUCAAGCGAAUGGAAACCUCUGGUACUGGUGUCAUCACUUGGGAUGACUUCCAGUCAAGUCUUUUCAAGGCUAUUGACCUGGACAUAUCCGAGGCUCACUGUGUAUUCAAGAUAUUGGACUUAGACGAUGAUGGCACGCUCGAUGCAGAUGAAUUUCUCAGCGGGUGCUUGCGCCUCAGAGGCGCAGCAAAAGCACUGGAUGUCUUGGUCUUGAUGCGAGAGAUCCGGUCGAUGCAGCAACAGCUCGUGCAACAGCUUCAGACGCAAGUUGUUUGGGUGAGGCAUUAUGAGGCUUAG